UUAAACGACUUCUCUACCUCCACCGAGGCACAGAGCAAUUGCUCUAAGGUGUUGACUGCGUGCAUUGACAACAUUAAGUUAGUUUAGCUAACGUUAGAUAGCGCGGACAGCUACCUUGCAAGGGGGCAACAUAUUGUCUGUUAAAAUUAUUGAAAGAUUAAGGGUGUAACUUGUGUGGCAGGCAACUCGCUUAACCUAUUUAAUAUCUGUCACUGACGCAAAAAAGUAAAACCCUAGUCACAGCAGGCACAGACAGUCGACAUGACCUCGCUCAGCGCAGUGAACUCAACGCUGACGAGUCUGAAAACAUGUCAAACAGACAUUGGCACAGGCAUGGAUAUGGUGACUGAGGUUGCCUUGGAUCUGGUCGAGUGUGAAGGUAAUGCUAAUAGCGCAGGCUUGAAGAAACUCGAAGAUAUGAUGUUGGAAUGUGCCAAACUUGACAGAGAGAUCAACUUUUUCGUAGAAGCAGUUGAUUCGGUGACUGCACGGGCCAGGCAGGACCCAGCGGCCCUGGUUGCUCUGAGCAACUCUGUGAAGGCAGAAUUUUCCAGGAUGAUGGAAGGGGCAUCUGAUGCAGAGCUGGGUCGACAUGCCAAGGUAGUGGCCUUCAAGGACAGCAUUAAGAACUCACUGCCAGAGGCUAACCAGCCGGAGACAGAAGCUGAGAACCUGGAUGAGGAUAUUGCUCUCACUCAAAGUCAGAUCAACUUCACCUGUCCUCUCACUCAGGUUGAAAUGGUGAACCCUAUGAGGAACAAGAAGUGUCAGCAUUACUACGACCAAGAAGCAGCCUUGAGUAUGAUCAAGAGCAAGCAGAAGAACGGGAAGAAGUUCAGGUGUCCUGUAGUUGGCUGCGACAACAAGGACGUGAAGCCCGCUGACCUGGUCCUGGAUCCCAUCAUGAAGAGGAGGAUCCAGCAAUUCAAGAAACAAAACGCAAAGAAAUAAGCAGAGGCUCCCCCCUUGGUUCAGUUGUUUGUAUUUUUUAAUAAAAUGUAAUAAAUAUUGUAUGAUUUUCUUAAA